CCUUCUGUCCAUCGAUUACAAGAGUGUCCAUCCCCCCUUCUUUGUGUCCUGCGACCGCUGACAGAAUGUCCAAGAUUCAUCCUACAGUGAGCAAGAUCGAUGAUCAAGAAGAGCUUACGACGACGACGACGACGACGAACUCUCCAUCGGUUUGGACGGUGUGGAAGAAGUCGAGCAUGAGUUUUCACGGAUCGGAUGGAUUCUCGAUAUAUGACGGCAAGGGAAGACUAGCAUUCCGUGUCGACAAUUAUUCCAGGAAGCACAAGUGCUUCGCCGGCGAGAUCCUGCUGAUGGAUGGAGAUGGGAAGGCCGUCAUGGCUUUGAGGCCUCAGAUCUUGAGCAUGCAUGACAGAUGGAGCGGAUUCAAAGGCGAAGAUGACGUCGAAACUAGUAGCAGCCCUCGAGUUUUCUCCAUGAGGAGGCGAUCAGUCCUUCAAGGUGGUGAUGAGGCCGAGGUGUUCAUGGACGCUCCAGACCGCCGAUCGCCGGAGCCCGAUUUCAGAACUGAAGGCUGCUUCAGGAGAAGAAACUGCAAGAUCAUGGACAGGGAUGGUCAGGAAGUAGCUCGAAUCUUUCGCAAGGAAGUGAACGAGUCGGUCACUCUGAGUGAUGAUGUUUUCAGCCUCAUCAUUCAGCCAAACAUGGAUGCUGAGCUGAUCAUGGCAUUCCUGGUCGUCAUGGACCGCAUCUGUUAGAAGCCUUCUCUCUCUGACACAGCUCUUCGAUCUCCUACCUGACACACCAAGCUGCUUGCUGUUUCUGGCAGAUGAUAGAGUGUGGGUGGGAUUACAUGGAACUAAUUUGUUGAUGUACAUUAGCUGAACUUACAGCAUUUGAGCUACAAUUGCUCAUUAGUCUAUCUAUAU